GGUCAUUACCUACCUACUGUAGGGGUGGCAGGUGACCCUGACCUUAAAUCUCCUCUUCUCGCUUUCUCACGGGCUUCAAGAUCCGCGCCAAAAGCAGCAACAUGCACAUGGCGACCACAACACCUCACGAUCCCACGCAAUGAUUCACCUGAAAUCCAUUGCUCUCCACCCCUCACGGGCUUCAAGAUCCGCGCAAAAGGCAACAACGUGCACACCAGAUGCACACGGCGACCACAACGCCUCGCGAUUACACACACUGAUUUGUUCGGACUGUACGAAUCUGGUCAUCCAAAUUAAUACCAGACCCAAGUCAUCCAUCAAGGGUAUAACAAGAUGGCGUACUGGCUACUAUGAAUUCACCUGGAAGACGGUCCAACAACUCCUCGAUGGCGAUGCAUAUCAGAAGUGCGACCUGUGUAAGGCGCUUGUCGCUGUCGUUACGCUGGACCGGUUGAACGAAUGUCUACGAACCAUACAAGAGACAGAAGAGCCAAUUCUUGUCCAACCGUUACAUACAGAUGAUAUCUGGGCAAAUAUCUGUGACCUUCCGAAAAUAAUUUAUUGGGCAACAUUCAUCCUCCCUCAGAAUUUUGAGCAAAUCCGGUUUCCAAUUUGGCGAGAGCUUGACUCGGAGAGAAUACCCCUAAACUCGCCAACCUUGGGCAAUGAUAACACCGACCCUCAAUCUCCAUCCCGACAAGUGCUGGCUGAAACGGAAUCUUUAUUGCAAUCGCCUGAGGGUGUCUCGUGGGCGAAGGCUAUUCUGGACCCCAGUCGACCAACGCUUGUUGCUCAAAUAAGGACUUGGCUGUGGGGAUGUGUCAGUGAUCAUCCAAAGUGUAGAACCGCGCUCUCUGGGGAAAUAUUUGGACUUGAUUCCCAGAGCCCAUCCUUGGAUGCGAGCAAGCUACCUUUCAGGGUCAUUGACGUUGGGCCUCCAGGAUCACUUCUUGUCAAACUUGUCGAAACCACAACAAAAACGCCCAGAGCCCCCUACGCUGCGCUAAGCCAUUGUUGGGGUCCCCCAGACAAACAACCGCUCAAAACAAAGCUUGAUACGGUACAGGAUCACAUACACUCGGGUAUCCCAUUUGAUCGCCUUCCACCAACUUUUGCGGACGCUGUUUGGGUCACCAGAGAGUUGGGAAUCCGCUACCUGUGGAUCGACUCUCUGUGCAUCAUUCAAGACAGUGCGUCAGAUUGGGAAACUGAAUCACAGAAAAUGGGUUUCAUCUAUGAAGGGGCGACACUCGUAUUGGGAGCAGCGCACGCCCGCGAUUCUUCCGAAGGACUCUUCAAAGGUCUUCAAAGGCCGGACCCAAAGAAAGUCGUCAAGGUUUACACGGACAUGGCACCCUAUGCGACCUGUUUUUAUACUGUUCCGGAGUGGCCAUAUGUCAUGGAACUUGAGCCGUGGAACAACAGCCGCCUGUCCACACGCGCUUGGGUGAUGCAAGAAUUCACCCUCUCCCGCCGCUUUGUAUGGUCCGAGAAGAACUCACUGCACUGGGUAUGCCGAGAAGAAAUGGAGGGGGAACCCCACCUCGAUACGUAUUAUUUUGACAUGAUCCGUUCGUUCGGCACGCUCACCCGCAUUUGGCAUUUCUUAGUAGAUGACUAUUGUAGAAAACAGCUCACUUACGAGACUGAUAGACUGGCUGCCCUUCAUGGUAUCGCCACAGCCUUCAGAUCUUACAGGAAAGAUCAGGAAUAUCAUUUCGGCAUAUGGCUAGAAGGACACGACACGCUUCUUACGCUGUUUUGGAGCGUAGAGAAUCUCUUUGCUGACUCACCCGCAACGGGCCUCACCGGAAUCCCUUCUUGGAGUUGGGCAUCUGUAGCUGGCAGUAAACGCUUUGGCUACAGAUUCACGGGGAAGACGAAGCCAUUGUACUGUUACGACGACCGCGGGAUAACUGCAAAAAACAACGGAACCGAGCUUCACUUUUGCGCACCGAUAGGCGUGGUUCAGCUUUGUGUGAACUGGGAUUACUUCCAGGAAGUACGAAAAUUCGCGAGUAAAAAGGGUGUUGAAUCCACAACGCGUUAUCGAAGGAUGUCGAUUUACGUCGAAACCCCAAGUUCCAAAAGGACAGGUUCCGCAGAAACUGAUGCAAGUAACGCGGUGAGAUUUGGGCGCCUCACCCUCGACUAUACGAUUGACGUUCCCAGUUGCCCUCCACCGUCUGACUUCACGCGUCAUGUCAUUCCCCUUAUUAAAUUCGCCGAUGAGGAAGACCGCCGCGCCGAAUACAUGCUCGUCGUCGAGCCCGCAAACAAGGCCGAUGGCAGCAAGGCCUACCGACGUGUAGGAAUCGGCUUUAUUAGGAGGGAGACGGCAUUCAUAACAACCGACCGCGCGUGGAGCUGCUGGGACAAGCUUCUCGCCGAGAUGAAGACGGAGGAUAUCGUUCUUGUUUGACACGGUACUACCUUGCCGCAAUGAUGAGCAAGGGCAUUUUGCAUCAAAUUUAUGUCUCAGGUUGUUGUCGAUUUGCGUCGUUUUGGU